ACUCAGAACUUUACCAAACACUUAAUAAAUUACUAAGAAAUAAAAAAUUAACGCUUUUUUUUUUUUAAUUUUAUUUUCUCUCUUCUCUCUCAGAAUCUGUUUUUGUAGCGUUUUUCCAACAAAUCGGCCAUCGGCCGUCGCUCCCCUUUUAUAUAAAUUAAAGAUAAACAAUGAGUUUCGCCUCCGCAACCCCUACGUCCUCGUAUGGACCGCACUCUCUCGACUUCAAUCGCUUCAACGCCGCAAGAAUCGUCGCCUCCUCUCGAAUCCAUCUCCGCCGCCGUUCCUUCUCUUUUUCCGCGGCGGCGAUGACGACGACUAGGGCGGCGGCCGAGGUGGACGCCGAUCGCCUCCAGAAGGGAAUCGCGGAGUUCUACGACGAAUCGUCGGGGCUGUGGGAGAACAUUUGGGGCGAGCAUAUGCACCACGGGUUCUACGAUCCGGAUUCUUCCGUGUCGCUCUCCGAUCAUCGCGCCGCGCAGAUCCGGAUGAUCGAGGAGGCGCUGCGGUUCGGCGGCGUGGCGGCGGAGGGAGGAAGAAGGCCGGCGGGGGCGGUGGACGUUGGGUGUGGGAUUGGGGGAAGUUCGAGGUAUUUGGCGAGGAAAUAUGGGGCGAAAUGCCGAGGAAUUACUCUGAGUCCUGUACAAGCGAUUAGGGCUGAAGCGAUUGCUGCGGCGGAGGGAUUACGCGAUAAGGUGUCGUUUGAAGUGGCAGAUGCCCUGAACCAACCAUUCUCCGAUGGGGAAUUUGAUCUUGUAUGGUCAAUGGAAAGUGGGGAGCACAUGCCUGACAAAUCCAAGUUCAUUACUGAACUUGUGAGAGUUGCAGCCCCAGGAGGCACCAUAAUAAUAGUCACAUGGUGCCAUAGAGACCUUGGCCCCUCUGAACAGGCCCUGCAGCCAUGGGAGCUCAAUCUCCUCCAGAAGAUUUGUGAUGGCUUCUAUCUCCCUGCUUGGUGCUCCGCUGCCGAUUACGUCAAGUUACUUGAGUCCCACGGCCUCCAGGAUAUAAAGACAGCAGACUGGUCUCAGAAUGUUGCACCGUUUUGGCCCGCAGUUAUUCGGUCCGCAUUGACUUGGAAGGGCUUCACAUCUCUCUUAAGAAGUGAUUUUUAUAUUUUUUUUUCUCUAUUAGAUUUCUGUCUCUGUAGAUACCUUUUGAGGGAAGAACAAUCCAACUUAUUAGUUAAUUUGUAGUACUAAGGUUUCUA